UUUUUGAAGGGCUAAAUUAUAAAUCUGAUGGAGAAAGAGGAACCGCUGUCUUAAAGCAUCUCCGAAGAGUGGAAUAACGCAAUCGGAGAUGGCAAAAGACACGAUGGCUGCUUCCCAGAAACCGCCGCUAGAGCUACUCCGAGAAAGCAAAUCCUCCAUCGAAGAAAUCAUCGCGAGGAUGCUCUCCAUCAAGAAACAGGGAACCCCCAAAUCCGAGAAUCGCGAACUCCUCACCCAGAUGUUUCUCAACUUCAUCAACCUCCGUCAGGCGAAUCGUGCGAUUCUGAUUGAAGAAGAGAGAGUGAAAACAGAGACGGAGUCUCCAAUUGAUUUGACUGCAUUGCAGCUUCACAAUCUCAUGUACGAGAAGAGCCAUUACCUCAAAGCCACCACAUCCUCCAGAGAAUUCAAAUCCAAGUACCCCAACAUCGAUCUCAUAUCCGAACAAGACUUCUUCACAGACGCUCCCCAACCAAUCAAAUCUCAAUCCCUCUCAAACCAUGAUCUGAUGCUUAAAAGACUCAACUUUGAGCUCCAUCAGAGGAAAGAGGUGUGCAAGCUUCGAGCUGAGUUGGAACAACGUAAGAAGUCUUUGCUGGAAGCUAACGCGGAGCGUAGCAAGUUCCUGUCCACUCUUCCGUUGCUUCUCAAGUCUCUCAAGAAAGCGUCUUUGCCAGUACAGAGCCAGCUGUGUUUGCCCAGUCCCAAGAAGCUUAGGUAUCAUGAUCUAGCUGAGCUUCUUCCUCCGCCGCUUUACGUCGUUUAUUCAAAGUUCAUGGCUCAGAAGGAAGCUUUUGAAGAGAGGAUAGAUGUCGAGGUGUCUGGGAGUCUUAAGGAUGCUCAGAGUUAUGCUAAGCAGCAAGCAGAGAGCUCUGAUGAUGAUAAUGGAAAAAGGCAAAGGAAGCGACCCAGGACAGAGAGUUCAGAUGAAGCAGUCCAUCCUCUUAAACUUGUCCUCCACGUUUAUGAGGAUGAGACUCCAGAUCCGAAGUCACGUAAGCUUGUUAUGCUCAAGUUUGAGUACUUGUUGAAGUUGAAUGUUGUAUGUGUUGGCAUUGAAGAGUCUCAGGAUGGACUAGAGAAAAAUAUCCUGUGCAACUUGUUUCCAGACGAUGCUGGGCUUGAGCCUCCUCAUCAGUCUACCAAGCUCAUUCUUGGUGAUGAUCAUGCCUUUGAUGAGAGCACAACAUCGAGGCCAUAUAAGUGGGCACAACAUUUGGCUGGGAUCGAAGUUUUACCUGAAAUGUCACCGUUUGUAACUGGCAAGGAUACUCAAAACAGUGAUACAGCUUCUGUAUCCGAUCAGCACAAUGUGCAGACUGUUCUAAGAAGGAUACGGUCUCAGAAAAAAGGGGGUAUGUGAGUCACAUGAUUCUGUAUGUCUUAUAAAUGUUUUGAUUCUCUGUAUUUGAAGACUUUCAUGGUAUUUGUAGCUCUUCGCACAUUGUUAGACUGUAAUGCCACACAACAGGAACAAUCAAACAGAAUGAAUGUAGCAUAUUAGCAGA